AUGAUCUCUUCUCUCAGACAUGGAAUUGUGGGAUUUAUCAGGUCAAGAUUUAAGGUACCGUUCAAAAUUCAAAUUAGGGCGCAGCUCACUGCUUUGGUAUCCAUCGUGGCCCUGACGUCUUUGAUCAUUUUGGCCGUUAUAACAGGUGUGUACUUCACUGCUAACUACAAAUCUCUGCGGGCAGAUCGUCUACACGUAGCAGCGCAGCUUAAAUCGUCUCAAAUUGAUCAAAAUUUGAAUUAUCUCUACUAUCAAUGCUAUUGGCUCGCGUCGAGAGAUACUCUACAAGAUGCUCUAACAAACUACAUGGCGGGAAACAAAACUCAAGAAAACUGGUCUUCGUCUUCAACGGUCCUAGAUAAGUUUCUUGGUUCUUCCGACUUAUUUUCUGCAGCUAGGAUGUACGAUUCAAAUUUCCAAGAUGUUUUGAAUGCAACAAACAACGGAUCUGGAAACCUCAUACCAGAUGAUGUGCUGACCGAGCUCUUCCCUUUAUCUUCAGACAUUGCACUAUCCUCAUCACUUGAAUCUAGCGGUAUUUUGACUGACCCUGUCUUGAAUGGCACAGGCUACUUGAUGUCGAUGUCGCUACCGAUAUUCGCUAAUCCGUCCAUUCUCCUCACGAACUCGGAGACGUACGGGUAUAUAACAGUUGUUAUGUCCGCUGAUGGGUUGAUGUCGGUUUUCAAUGAUACUACGGCUUUAGACAAAUCCACGGUGAUAAUAGUCUCAGCGGUGUACACCAACAAUACCAUUUCUGGAUUCCAUUUGGUUCUACCUCCUUCAGGAGAUGACGUCUUGAGUACUAAAAUAGUAUAUCCAAUAAAUCAAUGGCCAUUCAUCGCCACAUCAUUCUCAGAGAACAAAGGUGGAUCAAUCAAAAAGGAAAAGAAUUUUAUUUUCGAUGGUACUGUUGCAGUGGGCUAUUCUCCAUGCUCUUUUAACCUAGUAUCUUGGCUAUCGGUGGUUACACAACCUGAAAGCGUUUUCCUUUCACCAUCUACUAAGCUCACAAAGAUUAUAACAGGCACAGUGAUUGCAAUUGCUGUGGUAAUGUGCCUGAUUACUUUGCCCUUAUCCUAUUGGGCUGUUCAACCGAUAGUCCGCUUACAAAAGGCAACUGAGAUAAUAACUGCUGGAAGGGGCCUACGAUCGGAAAACAAUAGCACCCAUGUGAGUAGGUCAGACUCAACUCACAGGAGAACAAGCACGGUGGGCUCAUUCGCCUCAGGUUUUGGGGCUGGACGAGAAGAAUACUUCCCUUCGUACAUGAACGAAAAUAACAGUGAUAAUGAAAUGAAACAUAAAAACUCUUCACAUUUGAUGGGAAUGGCAGAUACUGAGCUACGUAGAAUACAUUCAAAUACUCCCGUUUCCACGCUAAGCGAAUCGCAUUCUUUUAGGUCAGAGAGAUUCAUUACCUCGACUAAUCUCAUAGAGGCUCGAGUACCAGUCUAUCGCAGAUUGUUUUCUGAUGAGCUUUCUGAGCUAACUGACACAUUCAAUACCAUGACUGACGAACUGGACCGUCACUAUGCAUUAUUAGAAGAUAGAGUACGAGCAAGAACGAAACAAUUAGAGGCAGCAAAGAUAGAAGCAGAGGCGGCUAAUGAGGCGAAGACUGUAUUCAUAGCAAACAUUUCGCAUGAGCUUAGGACUCCACUUAACGGUAUUUUGGGUAUGACUGCCAUAGCAAUGGCCGAAAAUGAUAUUCAAAAGGUAAAAAAUAGCUUAAAGCUAAUUUUCAGAUCAGGCGAAUUAUUAUUACAUAUCUUGACUGAACUUCUCACAUUUUCUAAGAACGUUUUGAAGCGUACAAAGUUGGAGGAAAGAAACUUUUCCAUUAUUGACAUUGCUCUACAGGUUAAAUCAAUAUUUGGCAAGCUUGCGAAAGAUCAGCACGUUAAGUUAUCUAUCAUACUCACCCCGAACUUCAUGAGAACAAUGGUACUGUGGGGUGAUUCCAAUAGAAUUAUUCAAAUAGUUAUGAAUCUCGUUUCAAAUGCAUUGAAGUUCACACCUGUGGACGGUGAAGUGAAUCUUCGUUUCAAGCUCCUAGGAGAAUAUGAUCAAGCAAAAAGUAAGAGCUGCAACUUUACAGAGGUCGUCAUCAAGGCGGGUACAGAAAUCGAAGAUGAUGGAGUUUUAAGUCCAUCGGUGUCAAAUUCCACUGGUGUGCAAGAAAUGAUCGAACGCAAAGAAGAUUUCGAAACUCCAGUGACCGCAGAAAAGAGUGAUUCAUCCAACAAUGAAACAUCUUUUUCCACAGAUGAUACCAAGGAAACUGAUAAUGAAUCUGAUGAAAAAGAAAAAUACGACGAGCCAGAGAACAAUUCUGAUGAUGACAAUGCCGAAAUUGAAACAUUAGAAUCGAGUACGACAAGCUCUUACGACAAUGCUAUUUUCCAAUCGCAGUUCCGAAAGGUUAUUUCUGAUGACGAGGAUGAUAAUGGGGGAGCUGGAAGGAAAAUGGAAGAACAAAAGACAUGGGUUAUUUCUAUGGAAGUUGAAGAUACAGGCCCGGGUAUCGAACCUUCACUACAAGAGAGUGUUUUCGAACCUUUUGUGCAGGGUGAUCAAACCCUCUCAAGACAAUACGGUGGAACAGGAUUAGGACUUUCUAUUUGCAGACAACUUGCAGGGAUGAUGCGCGGUACAAUGAAAUUGGAAUCCAAAAUGGGCGUUGGUAGCAAAUUUACAUUUACAGUACCGCUUACACAAACACGCGAAAUAUCGUUCGAUGAUAUCGAAAAUCCCUUCGAAGAUGAAUUUAACCCUCACAGCAAAAAGAAUAGAAAGGUCAAAUUCAAGGUUCAGAAAAGCUCGAAAUCUAGUAAAUCAAGCAAAUCAAAGCCAUCUGUUGCAGAAAUAAGUCCAGAUACGUUAGGAGGAAGUUCCGGUGCUUCCGGUAGCGAGGUCAGUGUCGGAAGCGUGCGAAUCGAUAGGCCUUUUCUACAAAGUACAGGUACGGCACAAUCUACAAGAAGUAUUACCACUAUGAGUACUAAAACCAGUAGGUCACAAGUUUUAGUAGCUGAAGACAACAGUGUCAACCAAGAAGUUAUCAAAAGGAUGCUGAAUUUAGAGGGUUUAACUGAUAUUGAUUUAGCAUGUGAUGGUAAUGAAGCAUUUGAAAAGGUUCAAGCACUUGUAGGUAAAGGUGAGCACUAUGACAUAAUAUUUAUGGACGUACAAAUGCCAAAGGUAGAUGGGCUACUCGCAACAAAAAUGAUACGUCAAAAUCUCAAUUAUUCCUAUCCGAUUGUAGCCUUAACAGCAUACGCAGAUGAUGGCAAUAUCAAGGAAUGCUUAGAUGCAGGUAUGGAUGGGUUCUUGUCGAAGCCUAUCAAACGUCCCAGAUUAAAAACAAUUCUACAAGAGUUCUAUAACCGUCCAGGCACGAUGGGCGAGUCCCGGCCCCCAACGGAAGACAAAUAA